AUGUCGGAAACAAAACAAGAGCCCUGUGCCCUUGUGCUCGUCAUCGCACUCCGACCCGGUGACGUCCCAAACGUCAACGUGUCUCAGACGCUGGCCUUGAAGCAGCGAUUGGGCUGCAAGCCCUUCGCCUACUUCCUGCAUCGCUUCCGAAAGAUCUACUUGAACAGCGGGAUGCUUCCAGAGCGCGUGUUUCGCAUCCGCAGCCGUGGUACUGGACUUUGCCUGCAGCGGCGAAACAAGGAGUAUGGGCUGUCCAACUGUCAAGCGGGCACAUGGUUCCACCGAGGCAACAUGAUUCCAGACAAGUUCCCGUCCACAGCCUCCCUGGCGUCCUUGUCUUCCAAACGCCCGGCGGAAGAAAACAAGGUGGUGAACUGCGGUGGGCACCAAGCGAAGGGCGGUUGCGAUGCUUGCCCCCAAGGCCACGGCUCUGAAUGGUGUAACGCUGACUGCACUUGGGUCUUUGCCGUUUGCAUGUCAAAGGAGGCGGCCAAAGAGGUCGAGAGCCAGCCGCCGCAGACGUGCUGCUCCGGAAUUCGGGAGUGGAAUUCCCUGGACCCCGAACUUGACUGCUGGGCGGGCUUGGGAGGGAAUGGGCCUGGCACGGCUUUAUGCGACAUUACUGGUGCUUCGACAGAUCAGCAGUUACCUGCCUUCACUGAACUCAGGGUCGUGUCGGAAUGA